GGCGGCCGCCCCGCCCAGGCGGGCGCCGCCGCCGCCGCCCUGGGCGCCCUGCUGUGGCGCCAGGCGGCCGUGGCGUGCCCCGGGCCAGGCCUGGCGCCGGGCCGCCAGCAGCGCGCCGGCCUGCGCUGCGCAGUGUCCCCGAGGCGUUCCGAGGCUGGCGAUUCCAGAAGGCGGGCCCUGGGCCCGGAGGAGCUCCUGGACCUGCUCCAGCGGCCCCGCGGGCUGGAAGACUUGAAGGAGAUCAGUCGCCAGCUGCGCGCGGACCCCGCUUACAGGAAGAAGUACGACGCCACGCUGAGCUACGUCGACUCCGCCGCUCGCGGCGAGGACGUCGGCGGCGGGCUCCAGGCGGACCCGUUUGUCCGCCUCCUGGCGGCGGACCCUGACUCCGUGCAGAGCGAGAUAGGCAGCCCCGAGGGGCGGGAGAGGCUGCUGGCCGGGCUCAACAGCUCCGCCCUCUUCGAGGAUCUGAGCGAGAUUGGCGGCGCAGUGUUCGAGCAGAUGCAGCUCUCCAGACUCGAAGCAGGCGCGCCAGUGGAGAUCCGCGGACUCGUGGGUCGGCCCGAGCUCAACGGGCAGGUCGCCUUGUUGGCCGAGCCGUUCCCAGAGGAGGUCGAGGCUUACCCAGACCGCCGAGUUGUCGUUCUGGGCACUGGAGAGCGUGUGGCGCUGCGGCCCGUCUGCCUCGGCUUCCCAUCGUACCGGCUGGGCGACGCGGUCACCCUGGAGACCCAGUUCGCAGGCGAGGAGGAGGGCCUCGAGGGCCGCGCGGCGGUCGUCUCGGAGCUCACGCACGAGGAGCAGGAGCUCGGCAUGGGCAGGUACGGCGGCCGCGUGGUGGUCGACGUGCUGCCCGUGGUCCUGGGCGGCCCGGUGGUGCACAGGCUGCUCAUGUGGCCAGAGCACCUCAUGCCGCGAAGCUACGUGCCUGGCGACAGCGUCGAGCUCCGCGGCCUCGAGUCCGCCGCCUCGCUGAACGGCGCGGCGGCGACGGUGGUGCCGCCGUCGGCGGAGGAGGCCUCCGCGGUGCAGGGCGACGGUGGCGAGCGGCGCAUCGUCGUGUCGCUGGACGCGGAUGGCACCCGGCUGGCCGUUCGCAAGGACUCCCGCGCUGCCGCGCUGGCAUGCGUUUGGGACUGGCGUCAAGCUCGGGAGUUCAGGGAGGGGCCUUGA